AAGAAGAGUCAGAGAUAAGGCAGCAACGAAGAAGGCAGUUAAUGAAGCUGUUCGUAGAAAUAGAAACGCGUGUGUAUUUUUGUUGUGUUUGGUGGUAUUGUUUUGAGCGGUUGUGUAAAAAUGGCAGAUGAUAAGGGUGUAACUGGAGUAGCUGUAAACCUUGAUAAUUCCACAACAUCCGAAAACGAUCCUCAUUUUGAGCCAGUUAUUACUUUGCCUGAGGUUACAGUAUCAACAAUGGAAGAGGAUGAAAUUGAAAUGAUUAAAUUGCGAGCAAAGUUGUUCCGUUAUGAUACAACUGAAUCACCACCAGAGUGGAAGGAAAGAGGAACUGGAGAUGUGAAACUUCUCCGACAUUCAGAGAAGAACUGUGUCCGUGUUGUAAUGCGUAGAGACAAGACUCUUAAGAUAUGUGCCAACCAUUAUGUGACACCUUGGAUGGAACUAAAACCAAACUGUGGUAGUGAUCGUGCAGAUGAAGAGAUUCGACCUGAACUCUUAGCCAUCAAAUUUACAAAUCCAGAGAAUGCCAAGAAGUGGAAGGAUAAAUUUGAAGAGGCCAAGAUGAUAGUGGAAACACAGUGUGAAAUUUAUGCUAAGGAAUUGUCAAAAGAUACAGAUGACGAUGAGGAUGAUGAUGAUGAUGACGCUGAUGAAUCUGGAUCAGUCGAAGAGAUCGAACCAAAGUCAGGUGACAAUACUCAGACAGAGGCAGACAAGCUGACAAGUGAUCUGGAGAAGUUGACAGUGGAUGAAAAGGGGACAUCAGACAGUGAUAAUGUAGCAGGAAAAUCUGACACCAGUGAAGUUGGUAAUCAGACAGAGCCUACUGCAGCAGACUAAGUUUGGUACUGACGCAUGAUUCAUUGGUGAAACCAACUUGAUAAUUUAAAAAAUUGACUGUAGCUAGUCACAACAGAACUAGAAUGUGACCAAUUAAAGUAAAAUUACAUACCAACCUCAAGUACAGUAUUACAAAAGUACUGUGUGCAAUUCAUAUCAAGCAUUUUAUAUAAGCUAAUUAUGUGAACUGUUUCAAAACUUGUAAUUUUAUGAAGAAUUAUUACUGACAUUUUUCACAGGUUUCAGAGCAAGAAACCAAAAUAAGGCCACUAUACAAGUAUGUCUAAUUUUUUCUGCGUUCUGUAACGUUUCUUCACAUGCACAACAUUACAAAUUUCUCUUGGUCUAAAAUACCUUCAACAUCACAAUCCUACAUAUUUUAAACAUACCAUAAUUAUUAAACUUUGUUAAACUUCUUCCGGUUGAUCACCGCUUGUAAUGAAAAAUGUAAGUAAUAAUUACUAUUUUGAAUUGCAUGCAUUAUUUAUGUAAUAUUCAUUUAAGGUUGGUGUGUUAUAAUUUUCUACUUCUGUUGCUACUAGCUUAGAGUCCAUUUAUAUAGUUGACACAGAUUUGUGGGUAAUUUCUUUCCACACAUAUUUCCUUAUUGGGAAUUUACAUGUUUCCUUUUGCAGUUUAAAACCAGAUUCAAAGUGACAACUCAAAGACAUUUUUAAUUAUCUAUCAUGCAGUAAUAUAAUUGGCAAAAGUGACAUUUUACCACAUUUUUAUGUAUGAGUGAAUAUAAGCAAGACAAUACAGUAGCCUGUUUCUUUUCAAGAUGUAGUUUAAUAUUUUGUUUGUGUGGAUGUUUAUAAGCAUCAUAGCUUGCUGUUGGUUUUAGUAAAGGAUCAGCUAAAAUAUUUCAAUCUGUUUAUAGUAUUUCUCUCUCUCUCUCUCUCUCUCCCCCCCCCCCCCCCCCCAAUUACCCAGUAUAACUUUAAAAUAUAAGCUUCAGAGGGCAAUAUGUGUCCCAGAAGUGGAGCUACAACUCAUAAUGUGGUGGCAUGUGGAAUUUCUGUAAAUUCAGUAAUCCUUCAUCUCUGCCAGUGAUUGACCUUUGGGAAUGUGAAGAAUACUGGGCUACCAUUGUGCUUCAUAGUCCACAUUAACUGUGGAUCCUUUCUGCUGUCUGUUGUUCUCAUCAUCUUUCAAUGACAGUAAUCCACUCUGGGUGCUUUCACCUCAGAAAUGGAUCGUACAUCUUUACCAGAUGGGCAGAGGCCAGGAAGGUACUUAUGGGAUUUUAAGAAAUUUUAAAUGUCUAUAUAUUUAAAUAAUGCUGUAUGCUAAGAAUUUGGUUAGUCAAAUUUGUUUAAAAUUUACAGUUAUGUCCUAUGGACAAGUAUUCUCAGUAAAAUGUACUGAAGUAAAUUUGUUUACCCAUUUAGUUUCAACAGUAACUGCAGAAUUCUUAUUGAACAUUACAUUGUGAAUAGAGUCGAGUGUUAUUAAAAUUAAAGGUCAUAAAUCUCA